GGCAGACAGGGUUUUGUGUUUUCGUGUCUAAAAGAAUUAAACGUUUGGAGCUUGGUUGUGCACAUUUUCCUUCCCUCUUACAAUAAUUGUCAAAGCACAAUGUGAGUGUCCCCAUUACUACUAUAUCCUUUGUUAGUGCAACACACACUUUCACGCUUACCCAUUACUCUGAAAGAGAGAGAAAUCAAGAAUGAUGGAGGGUGAGGGUGGUAGCAAUAAAGAGGAAGCAGGUCCAUCUCAUGGUGGCCCCACUUGGUAUGAGGAAGACAAGAGGAUGGAGGAAGAAGAAGAGGGUGAAACUGAGGAAGAUGACCAUCUUCAAGAUUCUGCUGCUGCUGCUGCUGCUGUUGAUAGCACUACAACUUUUGUUCCUGGUCCUCUUCUUUCUCUUAAAGAUCAAAUUGAAAAGGACCAGAAAUGCAGGGCUAAGGCUGCGCACAAUAGAUCCUUGUGGUCCAGCCUUUCCCCAAGCUCUGUGCAUAGCAAGAUCUUUAGUACACCAGGAUGAUGAGAGCUUGAGAAGGUGGAAAGAAAAACUGCUUGGUUGCUUGGAAAGUGACUUAAAUGGACAAAUGGAACCUGAAGUUAAGUUCCACUCAGUUGGAAUCCUUUCGUCUGACUUUGGGGAGAUAAAUACUCCAUUACCAAUUAAAGAAGAACAAAGCAAAUCUGUUCUCUUUACGCUCAGGGAGGGCUCUGAGUAUCGGCUUAAGCUAACAUUUAGUGUUCUGCACAACAUUGUUUCUGGUUUGGCCUACACAAAUACAGUAUGGAAGGCUGGUCUUCAAGGUGAUACUUCUUUUUGUCGCUGUGUCCUUCCCACAAGAAGUUCCUUCUCAAGAUAUCUAUCUUACUCAAGACAUUCCCAGGACCCAUUCCAAAUUCCUAUUGACUUACUAUUGACUUACUUUUGGCCCCCAAAGGCAUCCCCAAAUAUAUUGUUGGUAAUUCUCUUAUUUUUUUUGAAAUAUUUACAUAUAAAAAAUUUCGCCACAUUUUGUAAGUGAGUUUAUUAUCGUUUACAGUACAUAUAUCUCUGUCUUUUUCUUUCUGCAACACUUACAUGAGAAUAUUAACUGAUUUUACGAGUUGACUCAUUCUUCUACAACUAUACCCACUUGCAUAUUCCAAUGUCUUUUUUUUGUAAUUUUGCUAAAUACAUGACUGAAUAAUAUUUUUACCCUAAGUUAAGCUAUUCGAUCUCGACUUAUUCUUUUUAGUUGUAAUACUCAAAAGCAAGACAUGCAUAUUCAAGAAUCAAUCUGUAAGGCUACAAAGCAAAUUUUGUCAUCUAAGCAACAAUAAGAAAUAUUAGAUUCAUAUUAUGGAAUGUGAAUUUUUGAAGUUAUUCUUUGUUAGUUUGUUUCGGAGGUAGUAAACACUUAACUCACAUCUGUAUCCUUCUAUGUCUGUAGUGCCUCCCCUCCCCCAGCGAUAAAUUUCCACUCCAGAAAAAAGAAAGAAA